UUAAAGAUUGUGCUGAGAUAGUAAAUAUCUCAUUCUUACCGGAGAAAUAUGACAUUUCAUUACAAAUCCGAAUUAAUCGGACCCAAAUACAUAUCCGGUAUCUAUAGGAUAAAAAGAAGUGUUGACUGGAGUGUUGUGUUGAGAAGACCAUUAGUAUGAAGAGCCAAUGUCUUUUUCCACAUAUGGAACAGAUGGAUUCCUAUCUCAAAAGACAGUUCGUUGUCCAUUGAAUGCUUUCCCGGGCUUUGUGCUACAGGUGAAAAUUCAACCACAUUCUACUAAAACAGCCCAAGAACUAUUAUGUGUUAUUUAUUAUUCUUUCUCUUGUUUUCACAAACCCCUUCAUCAAAUUCAGGAAAAUAAGAAACCCUUUACUCAUCAUAACCAUCUUUGGCUUCUCAUUUUACACCAAAAAAAGGAGGGGUUUUCUUCAUUUUCCGUUUCUAUACACAUUCUUUGAGGGCAAAAACAUAUGUACAAAAGGUUUAUCUUCAUGCAUAUCACGAAUAAUGCAACUAGUAAUAGUUAGGGAGGAGCCACAUGAUCCAAAGGGUCUCAAUUGAAUCCCUUUGUCGAAAAAUUAUACAUUACAAAUAGGGUAAAAAGUUUUUUUUUUUUUCUUUUUAUAUAUAUUUAUAAAUUGUUGAAUCAAGGGAAGCUUCUAUUAUAACAUCAAAAUUUGAUUAAGGUCGCCGGUCAAGAUCUUUGUGGAUUCUUGCAUUAUUUUUUAAUCUCCUGGUUAGAUUCCCGACUCCACCUCUGAUUAGGGAAUUAGCACUAAAAUGGUUAACGAAGAAAAUAAGAUUCAGAAGUCGAGGUCUUUCAACUUUAGGAAGAUAUUUGAGAUUCCAAGUAGAUUGGCACAUAGCAUUGGGGGGGAGAGUGGUAGUGAUGAUGAAGAGGACAUGGAUAACAACAUUGACAAUGUCCAAUUUAUUAGCCAAGGAGGAAUACCUUUAGAAAAUCAACAGAUGGAUAGUGCUUUUGAUACUGAACUUGUUUCAAGCUUGACCAAGGAUGGACCUAAGGCAGGAAAUCCCCAAAAAGACAAAGUACCUUCAGACAUGGAUAUGAUGAAAGAAAGGUUUGCAAAGCUGCUUUUAGGAGAGGAUAUGUCAGGAGGAGGAAAAGGUGUUUCAUCAGCUCUGGCUUUAUCAAAUGCCAUUACCAAUCUAGCUGCUUCUGUUUUUGGGGAACAAUCGAAAUUGGAGCCUAUGCCUCAAAAGAGAAAAGAGAGGUGGAGAAAAGAAAUCGACUGGCUUUUAUCAGUGACAGAUUACAUUGUAGAAUUUGUCCCUGCACAACAAAAAUCAAAAGAUGGAACAAACAUGGAGAUAAUGGUUACUCAACAAAGAAAAGAUCUACUGAUGAACAUCCCUGCUCUGAAGAAGCUCGACGCAAUGCUCAUUGAUUGCUUAGAUAACUUCAAAGACGCAAAAGAAUUCUGGUAUGUAUCAAAAGAUGCUGAUGAAUCUGAGAAAGGUGUGCAGAGGAGUGAUAAGUGGUGGCUACCUACUAUCAAGGUUCCACCGGAGGGCCUCUCCGAUGCAUCCAGAAGAUGGCUACAAUAUCAGAAGGAUUGUGUGAACCAAGUACUCAAAGCAUCCAUGGCCAUUAACGCCCAAAUACUAGCAGAAAUGGAAAUCCCCGAAAACUACAUUGAAUCUCUCCCCAAGAAUGGUAGAUCAAGUCUUGGCGAUUCAAUCUACAAGAACAUCACGGUCGAGUUUUUUGAUCCAGAACAAUUUCUUUCAACUAUGGACAUGUCAUCAGAACACAAAGUCCUCGACCUUAAAAACAGAAUAGAAGCAUCUAUUGUGAUUUGGAAGAGGAAGAUGCACCAAAAAGACGCAAAGUCUUCAUGGGUUCCAGCAGUGAGUUUGGAGAAGAGGGAGCUAUUUGAGGAGAGAGCAGAGACUAUCUUACUCCUGAUAAAACACAGAUUUCCUGGAAUACCUCAAUCUUCCCUUGAGAUAAGUAAAAUCCAAUAUAACAGAGAUGUGGGACAUGCUGUUCUAGAGAGCUAUUCGAGGGUGCUAGAAAGCCUAGCCAACACAGUUACAUCGCGUAUUGAGGAUGUCCUAUACGCAGAUUCUGUCACACAAGAUCCAUCACUUGCAAUAGCAAAGUGGAACCCUUCAGCUGAUUCUUCACCUCAGCAACCACUAAGUGGUAUGUCCACUCCCAAAGGAGAGUCAGAAAUGUUAAGUUCUGCAGCAGAAACCCCUAACUCAAUGACUUUAUCAGACUUCAUGGGUUGGAAUAUGGAACAAGCAGAGCCAGACAUAACUAAGAAUCAUUCUACGGGUAACUUGGACGCUUUUUGCCAAAGAUGA